UAUAAUAUACCUGACUUUCUCGCUCCUAUUACUACAGAAAAUUAUCUUCGGCUAACACAAUGUGUGAUAUUUUAAAAGCGGAAUUUAAGCUUCAAAAUUUCGGCUUUCCAUGCUCAAAACCCGAGGCUUUAUACACAUGCCAGUGGAAAUGGCAUCGGGCUAUUUACUGGACGAUUCGUGUUAUAAUGGCAGCAUAUGCUCUAGGGGCUGUAAUAACAAGCUAUGUGAUGUCCGUUGGAGAUAAACAUAUCAUUCUUGUGUAUUUAACCAUUUGGACAUUCACACUGCUUACAAUACAUCUAUGGAUAGCUACUGUCAUAACAAUAUUUUACAGACCAACUAUGGAUAAAUCUGGUGAAAAAAUGCAUGGUGUUACAAAUCCAGAUUUUCUACCUUCAAGUGUUGAAAGUACCAUUUCACAAACAGCAGACACGAGCAGAAGCAACAUAGAAGAUAUAAGAUGUAUUCCGUGGUUCUUAAAACUGUCAUGGUUGCUUGGAAACGUCGUGUUGGCAUUUGAAAUUGUGGUUACAAUAAUUUACUUUGUAUUUUUAUUUCCGGAUGAGAAAAACCGGGGCGUAUUAAUCAACAACAUGAAUAUGCAUGCUAUGAAUACAGUGUUUGUUUUGGUUGAUUUUUGUAUUAGUGCAAGACCUGUUUAUUUGCUGCAUGUGAUUUACCCAAUUAUAUAUGGAACUAUCUAUGCUGUAUUUAGCGUCAUUUACUGGACACAAGACCACGUGAAUAACGUGCUAUAUUCUGUUCUAGAUUGGAAUAGUCCAGGUUAUGCUAUUGGUCUGGUAGUGAUUUUAGCUAUUGUCAUUCUACCUUUGUUUCAACUUAUAUUUUUUGGAUUGCAUCGUUUAAAGUUAAAGAUCUAUUAUCAUUUAUAUAAGACGACAUAUUUUUAAAACAUUUAUAACACUCAAAAUGUCUGCAUGCAUUAUCUAACGUCGUUUCAAUGAUAACGAGUAUGCUACAUCCUUGGUAUGUCGUUUUUAUUCGAAGAUGUGCCCAGUCCCUAUCUUCCGUGGCUAGAUCUAACUAUUGGAUUUAUUUGCUUGAAAACGACAUCUGUCAUAGUUUGGUAGUUUAAUACAUUGUCAGGAUUUGAUGGUAUGUAGCUUGUUCAUAUAGUUUGAUACAUCUUUAUCAGAUCGUUCAUAUAACUUUUUGUCAUCCAGUGGCCUUUUAUAGGCACAUUAUUUUACAAUAUCAUUAAGCAAAUGUAUGAGGUAAGCAAAUCCUGCAUUCGAAUUAAGAACAGCAUUACUGAUUUCUUCCCUAUACAGCUUGGAGUUAAACAGGGAGAUAAUCUAAGUCCUAACCUGUUUAAGGUUUUCAUCAAUGACCUUCCCAACUAUUUGGAAAAAUCUCUAGACCCUGUAAAUAUAAAUGGGCGAUCUAUCCAUUGUCUGAUGUAUGCCGAUGAUAUCAUUUUACUAUCUACUACAGCUUCUGGUCUUCAAUCAAAACUUGAUAUUAUGGGAAAAUAUUGUCAAGAUUGGUGUCUUACUCUCAACCCAAAUAAAACAAAAAUUGUGAUUUUCAACAAGGCAGGCAGACAUAUCCGCCUCAAAUUUAAAUACAAAGAAUAUGAUAUAGAAUGUGUACAACAUUGUAAAUAUCUAGGUGUGUAUUUUAGUGCUUCAGGUACAUUCUCCUAUGCUCAGAAUGAAUUAUACA